GUUUUCUCUGUGAAGUGAAAUGAGUGGAUGAGCAGAUUUGGGAGCAUCUUUGGAAAUGCUGGCUCCAGCAAGGCUGUUUCUGCUUGCCAUUCCAGCUGGAGCCAAGCUGCUCGUGUUAUGUCUCUCAACACAGAUUUCUGAGGACAACAAACUGGGAAGAAAUGUGGAAAAAAAAAGGUUACAGGUCUCAGAACUGUCAGAAUUUGAUCAGCCUUUUCUAGUAUGAAGUGGCAGCUGUUGGACUAACAGCUAUUGUGGAGUUUUUUUACUGUGGUUGUUGUUACAGAUUUCACCUCCAAGCUACUGAGGCAUUUUUUCCCCUCUGGGAAAACAAGUAGAAAAAUUGAAGCUACUUAACGAUUUUUUCAUAUAUAACAUUUAUAAUAUGGGAAAAUGAGGGCUAAUUUUGCAAAUAUAUUCCACUGUUAACUUUUCUUCUUCAAAUUGUCUGCAGUUCUGACUUUAUCUGCAAGUUUCAUUGUACUGUAGCUGUAGUUUGUCACUUCUCUGGGGUGGUGCCAUCUUUGUUAGAAGCAUUUACCCACUUGCAGCACAGCAGAACUCUUACACUAAAAAUUCUGCUUUGAACUGCUGUUUUCAUUGACAUGCACAUAAACAUGCCUCUACUUGUCUGAAACUGUAUUUCUUUAAAAAGGAUCAUACUUUCAUUUCAUCCUAAUAAUCUGUGUAGUUUCCAAUUAUUUCAGGUUUAUUCAGUGUGUUGUUGGAGAGUUCCUUUCUGUUAAAGAAGAAACAUAAAAUGUGUCCUUUUUUGACCUGCAGUGUCUCAAGUUAUAAUCACUUGAGAACUUAACAUGCCUGUUUUAAUCUUUUGAAAGGCUCUGUUGGCAACAUAUCACAAUUUCAGAGAUUCUCAGGCAGUUCAAAGACAUGACUUUAAACCAUUUUGCCAUAGUGUCAGUUGCUAAUAGUCAAAAAUGCCGUGGGGACACAGGUAAGUUUUAUUCACCAAAAAUGAGGGUGAACCACAGCAGAUUUGUCAUUCUUGUGAUGGAAUUGACCUGUGCCUUUUGGUGUGGGAGAUUUGUUUGCAUGGUUUAAGUUUGUAAUUCUUAAUUGCUGUGUGCAUAAUUGCCUUAUUUCAAAUUGCAUGUGUUCCUUGAGGUUCAAGUUGAAACCCACCUCGUUGAGGGGUUGUUGCUAAAGGCCUUGGAGGAAGGUGGUUGGACCUUUUCUAGCCAGAUGUGUCAGGCACACUCAGUUAUAAACAGAUUGUUUUUCCAGCCUCUGUAACUUCCUGGGUUUGGAAGCAUGGAUUUCCUCUUAGUUGCCAUUAUACAUUACAGGCACUAAUAAACUUCUAAAAUAUUCCUCCUUUCUUUCAAAUUAGUCUGUAUUUCUUAGGAAGUGAAGAUGUGAUCAGAGUUCAUGUAUCUCCUUUCUGUUGUUGUUUAACAUACCGUUCCUUGGGAACUUAUCCCCUGAUUUAAAAACUGAAAUAAGCUGUUAAACAAAGAGCAGGUGUGGAUGUAGUGGUGAACUCCAUUACCAGAAGAGUUGUCCAUGUUUCCUGAGCACUAAUGAGCCCCAAAAGGUCAAAAUACGAGUGCUUGAAGGCAUCAUCCCUAUAAUUGUUUUGUAAAGAUGUGCUUGUAUUUAAACCAGAUUAAAUGCCUCUCUCUGGUAUGAAAUGUUAAAUAAGCAAACCUUCACAAUUUGGUUGCCAUAACCUCUCCCUACAUGUGUCUUCAUCUAUUCAGUAGUUAAAGAGGACAUUUGGAAUCACUGGUGAAGCUUUUAGUCUUGUCUGGGUUUACUGAAUUUGCUGCUGAACACCCCGUGAGUUGCCUGCUUCACUUGGCUGCAAACACAUAAUUUUUUUCAGUGAUCUAACUGUGACAGAAUAAUCAAAGGUGAUCUCCAGCGAGCACAGAAAAGCAAGAUAUGGAAAGGCAUGUGUCUGCAUUUGUUGAAUAAAUGCACUGAGGUGGGAGCUGCUUCUACAGCAAAAGUUUCCCGACCAACUAAUAGUGAUGCUUAUUUAAAAGAUUCCAUUAAAAAGAUUGUCAGGCUCAUAAGAGCACCACAUAGAUCUUUCCAUGUAGACCUGUUUGUUGCUAUCCUCAAAAAAAAGGAGGUGCUCAAUGCAGUCGGCUUCUUAAAUUUGAAAUGUUUUCUUUGUUGUCCCCUUCUUUCUCGGUUUAAUUUGGGAGCAGAAACAGAAAAGUACCAUUUUUUCCUUACGAUUUUGCAAGUACUGACAGAUGAUUAGUCUCAGGUGAUUUGUGGGUGCCAUUUGUGUGCCUGGCCCCAAUGAGUUUGAUAGUGUGGGGCUGUUCAAACACCAGCCCCUGGAGAAUUGCUGGGAUCAGGCUAUUUCCUUCAGCAGAGCUGUUGACAGGCCCGUGUUUGGAGGUCCCAGGCAUUUCACUUUCCUGCUUCGAGGAGCUGAACUGAACAAUAGCAAAGAUUUUCCCUCUAGUCUGAGCAGGUGCAGGAUAAAUGAAUGGACCGUUUGAUGAAUUGAAAGAUUUUGGAGAUGCCAUAUUGUUGCUCAGUGAGUGAAGCAUUCCUCCCGCUGUUGCUGCUGGUUGUAUUUUGAAUUUAAUAGCUGUAAUGGGAAGAAGGUGCUGUUGUUAUGGGAGUGGAGUGUAUCGACUCCCAAUCCUUUUUUUUUCAUUUUGAGAAGCCCAAUAUGAAGGACUUUGGAAAAGUCCAAAAUGAGAUGCUGAGUCUGUAAUGUCAGCUUAAGGAAGCACCUCAAUACUGACCUAUAAUGUUUUGUUUUCUGUGAACUUGCCCUUGGUUGCAAAAAGUAGAUGUGUAUUGUGCACUGAAUUAUGUAUUUGUCUUACUUUCUCAAGUGUAGAAGCACCAAUUUUUAAGGGAAGAUGAUGAAGUUACCACUCAGGAGCCCAAUGUGAUCCACACAGCCUGGCUGAAGAGGCCAGCUUUUAUAUUCCAAGAUUAAGAAAGGCAUGCAUUUAUUUAGCAUUUAUUUUAAAUUUCUUUUCUUUUGUCUAUUCUUUCCAUGGAAGAAAUUUCUCUUCAUCCUGUAUAUCUGCUAGAGGACAAUCAUGAGAGACUUCCAUGUGAACAGAGAAAACUGGAUUUUAUUGUAAACUUCUGUUUUCUUAAAAUUAUUUUUCAAUAACCAUCCAGCAGUGCAGAGUGUGUGUAAAGCUGCUAAUAAAAAAAUGAGACAGAAUUAUUAAAAGAAAUAAAGGUCAUCCAGGGAUGAUGUGAUGAUGCCACAGCGGGUUAGGCUGCAGCACGAAGUUGCCAUUCAACACCCAAACAGUAUUAUUGGCUGCCAAGUGAGAAGAGAGCCACUGGACUCCACUGAACGAUACACUCGCUGGAUCAAUAACCUCACCCAGGAGCAGCUCCUUACACAGGUGUUCACUUCCCAUGGGCCUACUGUGGUCAUGCCAACCUGGUUCUGCUCUCGAGAAUGGUUUUUUCAUGUGGGAAGAUUUGAUGAGGGUGGAAAGGGCGUCCCAGAGGAUUUGUUGUUCUUUUAUGAACAUCUCCAGAAGGGUGGUGGAGUGUUUCGAGUGAACCAUUGCCUCCUGCUCUACCGGUACCACCCCCAGGCUGCCACUCACUCUGUCCUAGAGGGAACCAUCUGGAAUCACCGAGUCAGGUUCCUUGAGGACAGAGUGCUGAGCUCCUGGACAUCAUUCACCAUUUGGAAUGCUGGCAAGCAAGGCAAGAAGCUCUACAGAAGCUUGUCACCAGCUAAUCAGAAAAAGGUAACUGCAUUUUGUGAUGUUGAUGAAAAGAAAAUAACAAAAGGAUUCUACACCUAUGAGGAAUCUGAGGAGAGACCAAAACCCAAAAUUCCUGUGCGUCACUUCAGGGACGCGGCUCCGCCCUUCGUGGUCUGUGUGAAGCUGGACAUGACAGGUGGAGCCUUUGAAACAAACCUGGCCAUGCUGAACCUGAAGGAAGGGAUGGAUUAUUAUCACUUUAACUAAACCAAGAGGCAGUGCUGCAAUGCUGUGGUCUGCACCACCUCAUGUCAUCAUCCUGCUGCUGAAAUUGAGAAGUUCCUGCCUUUUCCCCUUCCCCAGGAAGGGCAGAGGAGCAGAGGCUGCACAUCUGUGUCUGGAAUGUGGCGCUGCCAGCCUGGAAUGCUCUCAGGAAUGGGGCUGGAAGGGCCCCACGUGUUCUGCAGCUGGCUGGGAACAUCCUCAGGGACACCUCCAUGGAAAAAGCACCCCUGGAGCCCAUUCCCACCUCACCUUGGGCACCAGCUGGGGUCUGGGCACUUUCAGGAGGUCGCAGAGGCAGUUUCGUCUCUCCCUCACCACGGGCAGCUCUGCUUCCCUGGGAGAGCAAAGGUUAUUUCAGUUCAUUCAGAAAAAUCCAUAAAACAUCCACAAAACUCCCUCAGUGAUCCUUGUCACCCCUGCUCACAAUGGGUGUGUCCUUUCAUGCACAUUUCAAAUGGCAGGAGUGUUUUUGCAGUGUCACAUUUGAAGGCUACUGGACCAUUUUUGUAGCACCCUAAGUCAGAUAAAUCACAAAUACACACCAGAUCUGCCUCAGCAACCAGUGGCUACUAAAAUGUCCAAGACUAUUCUUUUAUAGGGUUUUAUAUUUAAAACCUCCACUCUUUUGAUUAGAAGUUAAUUAUUUUAUUCUCUAAAGUGAUUUGAUUUGGAGAAGAAUCUCCCAUCCCCUCUAUAAAGAAAAAACAAAAAAGGGUGAGUCAGAAAUAACUGCAACCUUUUUUUUUCACACCUUGGACAAUUUGUCUUAUUUACUACUGGAAACUUUCCUGUGGCUAAACAAAGUGUAUUAUUUAUAGAGUAAUUUGUUUAAACUCUGCAUGACACAAUUGCAUGAUAAAGUCUCUGGAGUCCCAACAAGGAAAAUAUGUGCAUCCCAGUAAUUACCAUACUCCUUCAAUCCUCAUUUGGCUUCCUGCUGCUAAUACUUAGGGUAAUUCAGAACUUAGACUGAUUAUUUUAGCACUGGGAGAGCUUGAGGAAAACAAGCAGCUCACUGUGACACUCAGCAACAACUUCAAAUCUCUUUUUCUGUAAAUAGCUCAAAUCUACCAAGAUGAAACAAUUAAGUUUUGAGUAAAUGAGCUCUUUGUCUUUCAUCUCAGAGCAGUGGCCACAGUGCAGCAGGGCACUCAGGGCUUGCUCCAAGCCAGAAUAAGCCAGGCACACCCUAAAAAUGACAGGGUGAAAACAGAAUAUUCAUUUUUCUGGAGUGUUUUCCUGGGGAAGUGUUUUGCAGUUGUUUAUGAGCACAGCUGAACUGCCACUGCUUUUCCUGUGAGGGCUGGCCCUGGAACCACCCCUGGGUGACAGCACUCAGCCCAUCCUGCAGUGUCAGCUCACAAAUUCCUUAUGCCUGCCCUUAAAUUCAGUUUUGCAAAUGGAGCUCUGAGCCACACCCAACUCAAUCCUAAACUUCCACCUGCAGUUAAACAGGGAAUGGUAACACAGGCAGAACUGCUGGCAGCCACUCCUUCAAACCUCAGACUCUUGUUCCAGUUGUGCACUGGAAAAUUCAGAAAAAGAGCAGCAGCCACCCCUCCUGAUGAUAAACUCAGCUUUCUUUUCACAAAUAUAAAAUUCUUUAAGCUCAAGCACAGAAAUAAACUGGAAACUACACAGAAGUCAGUGUUACAUGCACUCUGCAACUCUUAAGGUGCAUUUAUUCUUUGAGCUUGUCUGGGAUAAAUUUAUUUCCAUGAAAUGUCAAUGAAGACAAAAAGCCAUUUAAUAUAAUGAUGAAAUAAAUUAUAUAUUUUUCUAUA